UUUUACUCAAAAAAGGUUGAGUGGAAAGGAUUGACCGGUCCCAUACAAUUUAAAGAAGGUCAACGCAUUCAAUUUAAGCUCGACUUAAUCAAGUUAAAGCAACAUUCUAUAGUAAAAGUUGGUGAAUGGACGCCUCAUAAUCAUCUUAAUAUAACGGAGCCUUCAUUAUUUUUUGAAGCUGGUUCGAUGAACGUAACGUUGGUCGUAAUUACUAUAUUGGAAACGCCUUAUGUGAUGAUGCAUUACGGAAAAAACUAUACGGGAAAUGAACGCUUUUACGGAUUUUGUGUUGAUAUUUUGGAAAAUAUCUCGCAUGAAGUUGGAUUUGACUACAUAUUAGAUUUGGUUCCUGAUAGAAAAUAUGGCGCAAAAGAUCCAGAAACAGGUCAAUGGAAUGGAAUGGUGGCUCAGCUUAUGAAAUAUAAGGCGGACUUGGCUGUUGGUUCAAUGACAAUUACAUAUGCUCGAGAGAGUGUUAUAGAUUUCACUAAACCAUUCAUGAAUCUAGGAAUAAGCAUUUUGUUUAAGGUACCCACGACGGAACCAACUCGACUAUUUUCAUUCAUGAACCCAUUAGCAAUCGAAAUAUGGAUUUAUGUUUUAGUGGCAUAUAUACUUGUAUCAUUAACAAUAUAUUUAUUAGCAAAGUUAUCUCCAAUUGAAUGGCGUAGUAUACAUCCAUGUGAUAUUGAUCAUUUAACAAUAAGUAACCAAUUUACUAUAUCGGAUAGUUUUUGGUUUACUAUUGGGACGCUUAUGCAACAGGGGUCAGAUAUAUAUCCGAGGGCUAUCUCUACUCGAAUUAUAAGUAGUAUUUGGGGAUUUUUUUCCCUUAUUAUUGUUGCAUCAUAUACUGCGAACUUGGCAGCAUUUUUAACUGUUGAACGUAUGAUUAACCCUAUCGAAAACGCUGACGAUUUGGCUAGCCAGACAGAAAUUUCCUACGGGACUUUAGAAAGUGGAUCAACAAUGACUUUUUUUCGGGUAAGUGUAGGUUGAGCACAUUUUAAAUUUAUAU